GCUAAAUUUGCCACAACACCGCGCUUAGCCGACGAGAGCGCACCGCGUGCAAUCGUGCAAGCCAUGGGGCGGCUGCAUACGUUCGUGGUGACCUUACGGAGGGAGCAUAGAGACACCAAUUGGGGGCUCCGGCUGGUCGGCGGCGCGGACCUGGCGACGCCGCUCAUUGUCACAAGGGUGACCCCAGGGACGCCAGCCGGCAAGGAUCUCCUGCGCGGCGACAUCAUCGCGAAGAUCGAUGACUACGACGCCCGAGACCUUCGUCACGAGGACGCACAGAACCUGUUCAAGAAUGCGCAGAACCACAUCAAACUUGUAGUGCAGAGGGGUGGAUCCAGUUCGCAUCUUUACUCACUGCCGCCGCGGGCUACUGGCGGCUAUGUAGGCCGAGUCCCUACGCCCACCUUCUAUCACGAGCUCGCUGAGGACGUGGACCGUGAACAGCCGCGCAGCGCCUGCUCUCUAGCGCCGCGGUCGCCCGUCUUCACUGCUAACUCGCCAUACAGAACUCCAAGCCCGAUGCCACCGACGGCGUUCCGACCAGAGUCUCUUCCCCGCACCCCUGUACCUCAGCAGGGCUACGGAGCCCAAGGCCACCAGCAGACCUACCCGCCGCAGUUCGAGGGCGAGUACCGCACGAUGAUGCUGUCGCCUGCGUACUCGUCACGGACAGACGAUACGCUGGACGAAUCGUUGAACAACCAGCCCUACCGCACGACACCUCUAGUCCUGCCCGGCGCCAAGGUCCGCCGCGAGCCCGGCCCCACGGAGUCCUACCUGCGCCACCACCCCAACCCGUCCAUGCGAGCGCCGCCGAGCCAUGAUUACCGCGACACGCUUAUGAGGCAAAGGGUGGCUGAUACGGUGGUGCAGCGAGUGAUCGGUGACGAGGGCAAUAAGGUUGUUCACAAGCAAUUCAACUCCCCAAUCAAUCUAUAUUCAGACCAAAACAUCGCCAACUCCAUUAGGCAACAGUCCUCGCCCUUGCCCGCUAACGGCCAUUACGGACGCUCACACAUGGUCAAGAGCCACAAGCCGACGCUGCUGUACGACCCGGCCAAGUCGGAGACCUUCAAGGCGCUGCAGGAGGACGGGCUCGGCGACGUCGUGCAGGAGGUGCCCCAGCCUGCCCAGUGCAAGGUCUUCACUGCGCCGCCCAACAAGAGGCCCGCGCCCACUCCGAAACCAACGAAAAAGCCCGAGCAGCUGAACGGCCACGUAAAACAAACGACCUUCGUAAACUCAUUACACGAAGAGCACAUCCAGCAAUCGAAUUCAUUCAAGCGCCUCAUGUACAACGUUCUCGGCGACGCGGAGUUUUAGAAUACCGUCCAAUACUUGGCUACGUGCGACAAUAACGAAGGCAAAAAAACGCACAUUCUAUCAUCAAAAUCUCUGAA